CCUUGUCAGUGAUAGAUGGAAAGUGUUCUAAACGGUUGUGUUUCUCUUUUGCAGUUCCUGACCUUCUGCGCCCUGGUGGCCGUUGCCCGUGCCGGAGUCAUCUCCGCUCCGUUGGGUUACGCCGCAGCUCCGGCUCAUGUGGCUUACGCCGCCCCUGCCCAGCUGGCCUACGCCGCCCCGGUGGCCAAGACCAUUGUGGCCAAGCACGUCGUUGCCGAUGAGUACGACCCGAACCCUCAGUACUCGUUCUCGUACGGAAUCUCCGACGCGCUGACCGGAGACCAGAAGUCCCAGCAGGAGUCCCGCAACGGAGAUGUCGUCCAGGGAUCGUACUCCGUCGUUGACCCCGAUGGUGUCAAGCGUACCGUUGAGUACACCGCCGACCCCAUCCACGGAUUCAACGCCGUCGUCCACCGUGAGCCGCUGGCUGUCAAGGCCGUCACCAAGGUCGUUGCCGCCGCCCCCGUUGUCAAGACCAUUGUCCAGCAGCCGACCUACGUCCAGCAGCCUGCCUACUACGCUGCUGCCCCUGCCCUGACCAAGACCAUCGUGUCGCAGCCAGCCUACUACCACCAUUAAGUCAAGCGAUUAGAACUGUCAUCCCUCAAAAGUCCCAUUUUAUUGUUUCCUGUGUACAUAACCAACAAGUUACAAGCUGUUAACUAUUGAAUUAU